AUGGUCCGUAUCCUCGCCGCCGCUGCCAUGGCCGCUGCCGUCGCUGCCCAGACGGCGCCCGCGCCGACGCCGUCCGUGUCCAACCCGGCGUGGACGAUGAAGACGAUCACGUCGAUCCAGGCGCGUGUCCAGUCGGACCCGGCGACGUGGGAUGAGACCAACCAGAAGUUUGGCCUCGUCCUCAAGAAGAACACCAACACGUUCGCCGAGAAGUACCGCGCUGCGAUGGACACGGUCAACACGGCGUCGCCCGAGGGUGCGCUCAUGUACGUGCAGACCGAAGGUAUCAACAAGCAAUUUGACGUGAACUGCGGCCGCAAGACCAACAUGAGCUACAUUUGGUUCAUGAACGUGACGAUCGUCCAGCCGACGUUUGCGAUCGCCGAGACGCAGGACGACAACUCGGUUGUGCCCGAGUACGGCCACUUUGUCGCGAUGGACAACGGCUACUGCACGCCCAAGGACGCCAAGGGGACGCUCUCGCCGUACUGCCUCAACUUUGGCGGCCUCAUGAACACGGCCAACAUUGGCCCGUACGUUGGCGGUGAGACCCGCGGUACGCACGACUUUGGUAGCUACCCGGACAACGUCUGGUUCUCGUUCCCGAACUCGUGCUACACCAAGACCUUCGACCAGAAGGACGACGCGUGCCGCAAGGCGCAGAAGGGCGGUCUCUGCCCCCUUGGCACGCAGCCCGAUGGUGUCACGUGCACGUACUCGUACGAGGUGCUCGGCUACCUCUUCAUUGACGACCUUGUCGGUAUCACCAACAUGACGAGCUCGCAGACGAUGCAGCCGUACAAGAACCGCGUCGAGUUUUGCAAGGACUCCAAGAUCGAGUACGAUUUCAACGCCAAAAGAGCGCACACAGAAGAUGCUGGACUUUUACUGGACUUUUACAACGACCUCCUCACGACGGGCGCCGGCGACGCCAAGCACAUGAAGCCCCUCCCCAAGGCCUCGGACCUCACGAAGCUUAACCCGCCUUGCUACGCCAACAGCCCGAUCUGCGCCAAGGCGACGUUCGGCUGCCGCCGCAAGCUCAUGGCCCAGAUCUGCGAAGUGUGCACGACGGCUGCGCCCGACUGCGUGGUCAUGCCUGCCAAUGCCCCGAACGCGGUCCCGCUCACGCUCAAGAAGCAGUACACCCCGCCCGCCCCCACGGAUGCCAGUGGCAAGACGCUCGUCCCCGGCACUGGUGGCAACGGCAACGGCGGUACCAGCUCGGCCGCCUCGCUCGCUCUCUCGGGCGCGGCUCUCGUUGGCGCGUUCGCGAUGAUGAUGUAA